AUGUCCUUUAUCAACUCCAGCGAGAUGGUCGCAGGCAACAUCAUCCAGAACUCGGAAAAGGAGUCGCAGAAGCCGAACCCGCUGCUGAGCUCCGGUUGCUUGCGAGCCAAUGCUGCGCGGCAGCUCUUCUGGGAGCCCAACAAGGUCAAGGCCGCCGUGGUCACCUGCGGUGGGCUCUGCCCAGGCUUGAAUUCCAUCAUUCGCGGCGUGACGAAGUGCCUCUGGAAUGAGUACGGGGUUCGCGAGAUUCUCGGGAUCACCGCCGGCUACAAUGGCCUCAGUGAUCCGGAGACCCAUCCUCCCGUGAAGCUCGCAGAGGAGAUGGUUCGCGACAUCCACAUGAAGGGCGGAAGCAUCAUCAAAGCCGCGAGGGGCGGCUUCGACGCCGAGAAGAUCUGUGACAACUUGCAGCGGCUUGGCAUCACCGUCCUCUUCUUGGUGGGCGGGGAUGGUACCCAGUUUGCAGGGCACUUGCUGUACGAGGCAGCUCGAAAGCGACGUCUUGCCGUGAGCAUCGUGGGCAUUCCGAAGUCGAUCGACAACGAUGUGGUGCUGUUUGACCGGACCUUCGGAUUCGACACCGCGGUUGCCAAGGCAUCAGAAGUGAUCCGGAAUGCCUUGGUUGAAGCCAGCAGCUGCGAUCGAGGUGUGGGCAUUGUCAAGCUCAUGGGUCGAGACUCUGGCUUUGUCGCCAUGCACGCGGCCACUGCCGCAGAUGUUGUGGACCUUUGCAUGAUCCCAGAGGUGAAGGUGGAUAUGAAAGAUGUCAUCGAGCAUGUCGAUGCGACUCUGGCCAAGAAGAAGUACAUGGUGAUUGCAGUCGCAGAGGGUGCCGGGCAAGAGCUUGUAUCCACUGGGAAGCAGGAUGACACUGGGCACACGGUCUAUGGUGAUAUCGGUGUAUUCCUGAAGGACACCCUCAACAAGCAUUUGAAAGCUUCUGGAGGCCGCACCUUCUACAUCGACCCUUCCUACAUAAUCCGAUCAGUGCCCAUUACUCCGAACGACCACAUCUACUGCGUUCGCCUGGCCAACGAUGCGGUGCACACGGCCAUGAGGGGAUACACCGGGGUUUGUGUCGGAGCGAUGCACAACAUAGUCUGCAUGCUUCCCUCGAGGCUCAUCGCGAGCGGCAAGAAGAAGGUCCGACCGUACAGCAGCUCCUGGCAGGGCUGCGUCCGGAACUCGGACUCGGCGCUCUCGUCUUUCAUCGCCUCCCUUGCGCUGAACUCUGCGAACUCGAGGUCCAGACCUGCAAUAUGCCGGCUGCACUCUCGGGGCUCGGCGUUUGAAGUCCACGGAGCGCCACUUCAGGUGCAAGCGAGUGCAGCGGGAAGCGGGACUCAGACUUGUGUAGAUUUGUACAGUCUCGGCUUGCUGCCAAAGUACAGGGGCCCCAGGGGCCAAGGGCAAGCCGGUCUCGAGCUGGAGCUGCAGCGCAGUUUUGUACAGGCUGCUGCAGAGCUGCGCUUGUACCAGGGGCUGGGAGUCCUGAAGCCGAGAUCCGACUCGAGGCUCCGGAAGCUCACCAGCCACGUAGGGUAUCGGAUCACAGACGCCACAGACGCUUGUGAACUCGCACAGCAGAGCUCCGUCAGCACCAUUGUGGCCCGCAUUCGCGCGCGCAGUACCGGGUCUCCUCUUCCUUUCCAGUCGCAAGCCCCGGUUCAGAACUCGGCCAGGACCAAAGUUCACCCACCAAGUUCUAUCACAAUUUCCAUACUGCCCUCCACUGUCCAUCUGAAAUCUGAGCCUGCUAGAGCAUCUGCCCGAAAAGCUGCCCCAAGCACUUGCUUCCCUCGGCCUUCCCUGGCCAUGAGCUGGAAAGUCGGAUGGGGCGAGCCCAUGAAUGGCGAGCAUGCCAUCGCCUCUGUGUGCCACCGCCAGUUGGAUCCAUUGAGCCUUGUUCAACUGCAGGAGGUGCUCACAUACCGGUGGCAGUCCGCUCAUCCGGAGCCCAGGCAACCCAUGCGACAUGCAGGCCUCCCGGGCUACCCACGCCACCGGCUGAACGCCACCAGCUCGAGCCCAAGCCUUCCAGGUCUUCCUGCUCUUCCUGGGCUCGAGUCCAGCACUCCCAGCGCCUCCCGUGCUCGGGCGCGGGCCGGCACGGGCUCUUCCAAGGGCCUUCUUCCCGAACUGGAUGCCGGCACCUCGACUGCCAGCGCUCUGCGGGCUGCAGCCUCCAUCCCGGACUUCACGAAGUCCAGCCGCGGCUUCGAGCGACAUGAUCGACUUCGUGACGGCCGCAUGCUCCUGACUCUCCAACAGGUGUUGCCUCUAAGCGCGACCGGCAAGACGCUUCAGAUGAGUCAGCUUCAUAGCUCUGAUGCGGACGAGGAUCAAGAGCGGCGACGAUUUCUCGAGGAGCUCCCCUUUCGGGCGGCUUCGUCUCCCCGGAAGGCCAAAGGUCGCCCUAGGAGAAAGGCCGCUGCAUGGUGGGAUGAGAGCCUCGAGGAGCGCGUCGUCCAGAAGAUCAUUCAGGACCUGCCUUCCGACGCCGCAGCGCGGCUGCGGCGGAAACCCGAGCCAGAGGCGGCGUUCACGGAGCCUCUCCAGGAGCCUCAGGCAGUCCCUGCUGCUGUUAAGUCGGAGAGUUCUGCCAAGUUCCAGGCCCGACUCGCGGCCUUCCGACGCCAGCUUUCGGCUCUCGAGAGGCAGCUGUCGCCGGUGGACAGGCGUCGCGAACGCCUGGCUUUCAUGAUGGAGGAGGCCGCUGCCAUGCACCGCGCAGCUCGAGGCCCAGUCAUGGCGGCCCGACGGCAUCAGCAGCGCUCCCGGGCGGUUGGAGGUCUAGCUGCAUCACGCAUGACGUCAGCAAGGAGCUCCAGCCCUCCGACUGCCCUCAAGCCCGGAACGAGCAGCGCCGCCAGGGCAUGGCUGUGA